AUGUUCUCGGCCGUUAUUAGCCGUUCUUUAUAUGGUUUAUUAUGUCCUAUUGCUGGACUUGGUCUUGCAACACAUAUAUUUGCACCUGAAAGUCAAUCAGAAUCAUUAGUACGUUUUUGUCAUGCAUGUAUUAAUAUGAAUGAACAACCUAUGUCAACAUUUUUAUCUUCAACACAAGUAAACUUUCUUUUAUCAUUACGUUCAACAUCAUCAAAAUUAAUUCAUUUAUUAUUAAUUAUAUCUCCGAAUCAAGCACAACAUUUACCUGUGUCAUAUGAUUAUUCUUCUUCUUCUAUUCAAAUACUUCAACAAAAACGAAUUAUGGAUAAAUUUGAUAGACCCAUUGUGAAUAAAAUACUUGAUUAUGUGGUUAAUUUAUUUUCUGAUUCCGUAUUAGAUCAAUUAGCAGAUAAAAUAUUAAUACCAAUAGAUUUUGAUGAUUAUUUACCUGUAUUUGAUGAUAAUGAAGUACAAGAAGAAUAUAAAAAAUCAAAAGUUGUUGCUGAAAAUGUAUUUGAAGCACUUCUUUUAAAAAAUGUUUUUAUCACAGAUAAAGUUCCAUCAACAACAGAUAUAAUUUUAACAGGUAUAGUUUAUAUUAAAUAUAAAUAA